AAAUUUUCAGCUUUUUCCUUACUUACAAUGAACUUUCAUAUUAGUCACAAUUUUGCUUAACCGCAAGUUCUAACGGUUGAGUCCAUUCCUCUAGCUUCUACAUUUGAGCUUCUAACGUCUGUUCACAUACCCAGUUCCAUGAAUCGCUCGUUUUCCUAGUAUAAUAAUUUAUUCUAAAAGUUAUUUAUUCAUUUUCUAAAAAUUUUUUGUCUUCUUGUUUGUUUUAGGUUGAACGUGUCUUGUUGUUUCAGUACUGAAUUAAAGGAUGCAAGCGGAAUUUAAGUCGAGCAUCAAUGAUUUUCUAGAGCAACUUCCAAAUCAUGCAAGACUGUAUCAGAAACCAGCGGCUUGCCUUGCUGUUUUUCGAUUAUUACCGAUUUUGGCAAGACAGUAUGUAAUGUCCAUGCUUUUUAAUCCUAUGCCUGUCGCUCUUUCAGAUUUUGAUUUAUGGACGAAGAUGUCGAGUAAAGUAUAUCAAUCUGAAUCAUUCAACAAGCUAGUGAGCAUGCACAUUUUUCAAUUCGAUGGUCAGUAUAUUACUCUCAACGAAGAAUUUCGAAAGCAAUUUAUCACUGCUCUUACUGGAGGUGGGAAUCAUAAUUCCUUUGGUGUUCCUUGCACUGAUGAAGAUAAGCACCGUGUGGAUUUAGAGUUUUUAGACAAAUACGCGAAAGAAACUUGGGAAACUAUCUUACAUUUUAUGGUAGGAACCCCUGAGGGAAAAUUUCCCGGAGAAGGAGUCCUAAGUUUACUUCGAAGAGGAGGUUUAAUGACUGGUCCCAAAAAUCAAUUGCGAAUUACACAUGCAGGUUUUCAGUUCCUUUUGCAGGAUAUCAAUACACAGAUUUGGACUCUUUUACUUGAAUAUCUCAAGCUAUCCGAAGAUACGCAUAUGGAUCCUAUUCAAGUGUUACAUUUUCUAUUUAUGCUAGGAAGUUUGGAUUUGGGAAGAGAUUACUCCGUAGAUUUCUUAACUGAUACUCAACAAAUUAUGCUGGAGGAUUUACGAGAAUACGGAAUCGUGUAUCAAAGGAAAACAACAUCACAGCGGUUUUAUCCCACACGUCUCGCAACUAGUUUAACAACCGACUAUCAUGCAUUAGAAGGAUCUCAGAAUGACAACGAUGCUGAUAAAGGAUUUAUUAUCGUAGAAACAAACUAUCGUUUGUAUGCCUAUACAAGCUCGCCCUUACAGAUUGCCAUCAUAGGUUUGUUUGCUAAUUUACGGGCCCGAUUUUCAAAUUUAGUCGUUGGUGUAAUUACCCGGGAUAGUAUCCGAAGAGCUUUAAUCAACGGAAUUGCUGCUGAACAGAUUAUUACAUAUUUGUCUACGCAUGCUCAUCCUCAAAUGAGAGCGAAUGUACCUUUACUUCCUCCCACUUUAGUUGAUCAGAUCUAUUUAUGGGAAUUGGAGAAGAAUCGUCUUAAGGCAACACCGGGAAUUCUAUUUCGAGACUUUCUUACUGACAUGGAGUUUGACCAAGCGGUUGAAUACGCAAAAGAACUCGGAGUUCUUGUAUGGGAAAGUUCUAUUAAACGUAUGUUUUUCAUUACUACAGCUGGCGCACAGCCCAUGAUUGCCUUCUUGAAAAGAAAAGCUGUGAAGUAGAUCUUCAAAAAAUUUGUUCAAGAAAAAUUACUGAUGUAUAACGAAUAAUGAAUAUGAGCAUAAUUCAAUGCGCAAUAGUACAUCUCAAACGUGCUCAAAUAAAUAUGUUUGACAUGUGA